CCUCUUGCACUGGGCGCAGGGAAGCGGCGGUGGGUGCGUGCAGGGGGGGGCCCGGCUGCCUGGCCCCCCAGUGAAUGCAAUAAACAAUAAUCAUCCUUACAGGGGGAGAGAGAGGCGUUUCCCUCGGAGCAUGCAUCCAUGGGCGGACUGAGGCCGGGAGGCGGCGGCGGCGGCGGGGUCGGUGUUGCAAGAAGACCCCUUGGCAGCAGAUGGGAUUUGUGCCUUAUUUGAGGAUCUCCGGGGUAGUCCCUCUCCCCGGUUGUGCCGCUGUCGGGGGGAGAGGGAGGAGGAGGAGGUGGGGAGGAAGCUGCCUUGAUUAUUUUUGCUGCUGCUUUGCUUUCCCGGAUUCCCACACAGCGAGGCGGUUUUUUAAAUCUGGAUGAUUAUGCAUGGAAAAUCGCCCCCUCCCUGUGAAGAACCAACGCGUGCGGGCAGCCAGCUCCCCCUGAGCCUGCCUGCAAUUGUGCCUUAACUUGUGCAAGUGUGUGGGGAGGGGAGCGGAGCCGUUUUCCUUGCGUUUGCAUUCCCCCCCCCCCCCCGCCUUUGGAGGGGAAUCAGUGAUCAUCUGGGAUUUCCACCUCCAGCGAGUCAAUCCUGCCCCGACGGCUGGAUUUCCUCUCCUUGCAUGGGGAGAAGCGGCGAGCUGGUGGAGAACUCUCGGGCUUGGUUUUUAUGAUUAUUUGUGGGGGGGAGGGCCGUUGCUUUGAGCCCCAGCCCGGCUUGUGUGUGUGCCUUCUACGCUGCCCCCUCCCCCGCUGCCUGCCUUUGGAAAUUGGGAUGCCACCAACUGAGUUUCAGGCGACGCUGACACUUCGCUCCGUGGGCUCGUGAUCCUGGAAGUGGGUUGAGAAUAUUGCUGCACAACUCACCUGGACGGAAUUGUCAAUUCCUUCCCCCGUCACAGAACAGAAGCCUGGGGUCCAGUUUUGUGGCUAAACAAAAGUGGAGACAGCUGCCUGGUAUUGCAGGGCCACAAAACCAUGUCUGCUAAAGAGAACCCCUGCAGGAAAUUCCAAGCCAACAUUUUUAAUAAAAGCAAAUGUCAAAAUUGCUUUAAACCUCGGGAAUCCCAUUUGCUCAAUGAUGAAGAUUUAAACCAGGCAAAGCCCAUCUACGGCGGUUGGCUGCUGCUGGCACCAGAAGGGACGGACUUUGACAACCCUGUGCACCGUUCCCGGAAAUGGCAGCGCCGGUUCUUCAUCCUCUACGAACACGGUCUGCUGCGCUACGCCCUGGACGAGAUGCCCACGACCCUCCCCCAGGGCACCAUCAACAUGAACCAGUGCACGGAUGUUGUGGAUGGGGAGAGCCGGACGGGGCAGAAGUUCUCCUUGUGCAUCCUGACCCCCGAGAAAGAGCACUUCAUCCGAGCUGAGAACAAGGAGAUCAUCAGCGGGUGGCUGGAGAUGUUGAUCGUCUACCCGAGGACAAACAAGCAGAAUCAGAAGAAGAAGAGGAAGGUAGAGCCCCCAACCCCGCAGGAACCUGGCCCCGCUAAGAUGGCUGUGACCAGUAGCAACAUUCCUAAUGCAGAGAAGGUCCCCACUACCAAGUCCACACUCUGGCAAGAAGAAAUGAGGGGCAAAGAUCAACCAGAUGGGAGCAGUAGCAUCAGCCCAGCCCAGAGCCCCAUGCAGAGCCAGGCCAUGCCUGCCAGCUCCUUGAAGGAACCUGUGUUGGAAAGCAAAGAAGAUGAGAGCUCCAUGAAUGGCGACAGGAUAGACUGUGGGCGGAAGGCGCGUGUUGAGAGCGGUUACUUUUCCUUGGAGAAGACCAAGCAAGACUCGAAGUUAGAAGAGCAGCAGCUGCCACCUCCACCAUCCCCUCCCAGCCCCAGCACCCCGAACAACAGGUACAGUUACCCCAAAUCACCCUCCCAGGAGCACAGCCACCCCUUUCCUUCCCCAGGUAGCAGCUCAAACAACCGAAUGGUUUCCAGCUUCUCACUGAACUCCCUGGAUUCAAAGAGUACUUACCCCAUGUGCAAGGACUCCAGCUGCAGAGACGGGGGAAGGGGAGCAGAAAGAACGGACCUCUCCCUUUCCUUCAAAGCCAGUCGGCAGUACGCCACCCUGGCCGAUGUUCCCAAGGCCAUUAGGAUCAGUAACCGGGAGGCCUUCCAGGUGGAGAGGAAACGGCUGGAGCAGAGGACCCGGGCCCGCAGCCCUGGAAGGGAAGAGGUGGCCCGGCUCUUUGGUAACGAGAGAAGGCGGUCCCAGGUAAUUGAAAAAUUUGAGGCAUUAGAUAUAGAGAAUGCAGAGCAUAUGGAAACCAAUGCGUCCGCAGGCCCCUCUCUUUCCAGCGAGACACGUCAGGGCAGGAGCGAGAAGCGGGUUUUCCCCAGGAAACGGGACUUCACCUCUGAAACUGCAGCAGUAGGAGCCAUCCUGGAAGUCUCUGCUUCCCCUUUAUCUCCACACCGUAGAGCAAAAUCACUGGAUAGAAGAUCCACUGAGUCCUCCAUGACGCCGGACCUCCUGAACUUCAAGAAGGGAUGGCUGACGAAGCAAUACGAGGAUGGGCAGUGGAAGAAACACUGGUUUGUGCUGACGGAUCAGAGCCUGAGAUACUACAGGGAUUCCGUGGCAGAGGAGGCAGCUGAUUUGGAUGGAGAAAUUGAUUUGUCUACAUGCUAUGACGUCACGGAAUAUCCAGUUCAGCGAAACUAUGGCUUCCAGAUCCAUACUAAAGAAGGGGAAUUCACCCUCUCUGCCAUGACCUCUGGGAUUAGACGAAACUGGAUCCAGACGAUUAUGAAGCACGUUCGCCCCACUGCCGCUCCAGAUGUGACCAGCUCCUUGCCGGAAGAGAAAAGCAAAACCAGCUCUUCCUUUGAGACCUGUCCAAAGCCAAGUGAGAAGCAGGACUCUGACCAAGCUGAGAUGGAUCCUGAGCAGAAGCGGAGCCGUGCCCGGGAGCGCAGGCGAGAGGGGCGCUCCAAAACCUUUGACUGGGCCGAGUUCCGCCCCAUUCAGCAAGCCUUGGCACAGGAGAGAGCCAUUGCUGCAGAGUCCUCGAAGAGCAGCUCCACGGCCUUCCCCAGGGAACCCAGCGCUCCGGACACAGACCCCGGGGAGCUGGAACGGGAACGUGCUCGGCGGAGAGAGGAGAGGCGCAAGCGCUUUGAGAUGAUCGAUGCUGUUGAUGGGGCAGGCCCAGAGGACGUAUUGAGGAUGGAGGUGGACAGGAUCCCAGGCCUACCCAUCACAGGGGAGGUGAAGCCACAGAAUGUUCAUGUGGAGAUCGAGCAGCGAUGGCACCAGGUGGAGACGACCCCUCUGCGGGAGGAGAAGCAAAUCCCCAUCAUGCCCCUGCACCUGGCCCAACCAGAAGACAGAGACGACGGGAUCCACAAGCAGCAGCUAACCUCACUGCUGGAGAAGGAGUUGGAGCAGAGCCAGAAGGAGGCAUCAGACCUCCUCGAGCAGAACCGGGUCCUGCAGGGCCAACUGAAGGUGGCACUGGGCCGGGAGCAGAGUGCCAGGGAAGGCUACGUGUUGCAGACCGAGGUGGCAGCCUCACCAUCGGGUGCCUGGCAGAGGCUCCAUAAAGUUAAUCAAGACCUCCAAAGUGAGCUGGAAGCCCAAUGCCAGCGUCAGGAGCUGAUCAAUCAGCAGAUCCAGUCACUGAAACGUAGCUAUGGUGAGGCAAAGGAUGUGAUCCGGCACCAUGAAGCCGAGAUUCAGAGCCUUCAGGCAAGGCUCAGUAAUGCUGCAGCUGAGCUAUCCAUCAAAGAGCAAACUCUGGCCAAGCUUAAGAGUGACUUGAAGAGUGAGAAGGAGAAAGCCAAAGAGCAGCUGGAGGAGUGGCAACACAGCGAGACAACUCUGAGCUCCCAGUUAAAAGCCAGUGAGCAAAAGCUAAAAAAUGCAGAGGCGCUGCUGCUGGAAAAGACACAGGAGCUGAGGGAUCUUGAAAUGCAACAGGCAUUACAAAGGGACCACCAGAAAGAAGUGCAGCGGCUCCAGGACAGGAUUGCAGACCUGAGCAGGCAGCUGAACGCUAGUGAACAGACUCGGAUUCUAAUGGAGGAGAAGUUGCAGAAGAAUUAUGAGGCUUUGUUGGAAAGCUGUGAGAAGGAAAAGCAGGUUUUAAUACAGAGUCUGAAGGAGGUGGAGGAUAAGGCCAGCGAGUAUGAGAAUCAGCUUCAGAACAACGAGCAGCAGAUGGAAAUUCUUCAGAAAGAGAAACUGAACGCAAAAUUUGAAGGCAGCGAGAUUGUCCACCAGCUAGAGGAGCAACUGGAGAUGAAGGAGGCCAGCAUCCAGAAGCUUGCUGAGGACAUCAAGGAACUUGAAGGGGAGAGAGAUCAGAUCAAAUGUAGGUUCCAAGAGCUAAUGAAUCAGGUUGAAGAGUCAGAUAAUGAAGUUGCCAAGUUGCAAGCAAAGUUGAAAAUAGAGGAGACCAACUAUGAUAAGUUGGAGCAAUUGUAUGAGAAAGUAUCAGAUCAGUUCCAGAGCGUGCAAAAGGUGCUGGAAGAAAAAGAGGAAGAGCUGAGACACGUUAAGGAAAUGCACUUGAGAAUUGUUGAAAAGAAAGAUCAAGACCUCAAUGAGGCUUUGGUUAAAAUGGCAGCUUUGGGCAGCAGUUUAGAGGAAACAGAAGUAAGGCUACAGGUCAAAGAAGAUGUUUUAAAGAAGUUAGCUAAUGUGGACUCAGUACCGUGUGCUAAAGAGAGAGAAGACUUCUGCACUAAUCUUGAGGCUGAUGAAAGUCACAUUCCAGACAUGCCAGCUCCUGAGGGGCUUCCAGGUUUGAAUUAUGCACUAAAGGAGGCGGAUGCUGAACGUCCUGAGACCAACCAGCGACAGGCUGGUGAGCAUACCAUGUUGAAUGCGGAAGAACUUAGGUCUCUGUUGAAGUCUACAGAGCUUCAAGACAGAGAGCCACAACAGAAAGCCUUAGCGAAGCCUGAUAUAGGAACCCUAGGUGCCAAAAGGCAAAGAAUCCGCUUCUCAAACAUCCAGUGCCAAAAAUACAUCCAUUCAGAUGGGUCAGAGAAAAAUUGGACUAGUAGCACGUCUUCAGACACAAGCCAGGACAGAUCACUGUCUGAGGAAAGUAUGUCAUCAGAACCAGUUCUUGGUUACCCAGCCUCAGGAACCAGUGACUCUGAGACUUAUCUCUCAAUCAUCCAUUCCCUGGAAACCAAACUUUACAUCACGGAGGAAAAGCUCAAAGAUGUGUCCAUGAAGCUUGAAAGCCAGCAAGGCCAUAACCAGGAAACCUUGAUAGCCCUCCACCAUCAGUGGGCCAGCACAGAGUCCCAGCUUAGGGAACAGCUCCAAGCUAGCUUAUCCGAAGUUGGUGCUCUGGUUUCACAGCUGGAAAAUGAGAGACAGGAAAAGUUCAGAAUGAUAAAAAAUCAUGUCAAUGAGCUGGGAGACUUCCAAGUGAAAAAUGAUCAAACCCUGAUCUGUUUAGAAAAAUGCAGAGAACAGCUAAGGGCUUUACCCAAAUCUGACAAGGAGAAAGAGAGAGAUUUGUUUCUUACCACUCUGUCCAGCAUGGAAACCACCUUGUCAAAUGCAAUCCAGGUCUUGCAAGGGACACCCAUCUCCUCUGAUUAUCAGCAGAGUGAAAGCUGCGUGGCUCAAACUCCAGCUGCAGAAGAGAGUUUGCUGGAGGAACAGAAACUCAUUUCCCAGCAGCAGCAAGUUGAAAUGUCUGAUGGAGACCAGUUAAGAUUGCUUUCUGAGAGGAUAGCAUUUGAGGCCUCCCUGAUCAACCAAAUAGCAGAAUCUUUGAAAAAUGCAAGCUCAGAGAUUUCCCAGAUUCUCAGAGAGAUUCAUGGGACAGCUGAGGUGGUUUUUUUAGAGCCGGCAAAUGUGUCACACACAGCAAUUGCCUUGGCCAACAUCUUAUCUAAGAAGCUGCUACUGGAAGGUGAAUUUUGGAGCCAGGUGGAAGAAUUGAGAAAGCACUUGGGCACCAGAGAAGAGGCGGUAGAAAGCAAAACAGAAGCAGUUAGUUUUAGUUUUCCCCAAUGCCUUGUCCAAACAGUAGCUGAUGCUACAUUGAUCAGGGCAGAACUUGGUUUUGUUGCACAGAAGAUGCGAGAGUCUUUUCAUCAGAGGUUAAAAACAAUUGAAGAAGACCUCCACAAUACCAAAACAGCUCUCCAGCAACAUAAAUGCAUGUUGGAGGAAAUCAUCAAAGCAUAUAGGACCUCUGAAUUUGACAGGGUUAUGCAUCAGAUUUCUGAAGCACUUGAAAUCCAAAAGGAUGCUUCAGAAAGAACCCAAACCUCUUGGGAUAGGAGCCAUCUCAAGGUAAUGCCAUGUCAAGAUUCAGCCAAGAUGAUGCAGGCCCAUGGUUUGCCAGACCAUAGUAGUGAAGCACUUGUUGCCAUUCAAGAAGACCUUGCCCAACAACUAAAAGAAAAAGCAAAUGUUCUUAAAGAAAUAUCUGUUGCCUUACUAUCCUUGUCCCCUGAGGAAGCCAUACGCGAUUGCCAGAAGCUCCUACAAAUUUCUCAAAGUCUUUCAUAUCAUACGUCCAUGGGAGAUCUUGAGCGCUAUUCAUCAUUGUUAGUUCAAGAUGCAAUUAUCCAGGCUCAGGUUUGUUAUGGGGCUUUCAAAGUUAGACUCGAGUAUGAAAGGGAGCUAAAGUUUUACAAAGAGUCCUUGCAAAACAUGGAUGCUCUGUGUCAAGAACGCGUAAAGACGGUGUCCGCCCUUCGUGAGGAGUACGAAGACUUGCUUCGAAAGCAGCAGAGUGAAUAUGCUGAGAUGAUAGCCAUCAUUGAAAGAGAGAACGUAGACCUUAAGGCAAAAGUCUCUCAGCUGGACAGUCAGCGGAGGCUCUUGGAAGAAGAAGAGCACAAACACAGCAAAAACUUAUGUGAAUUACAAGGCAGGUAUGAGGAGGAGAUGCAAAAUGUGAUUGAGCAGUUGAAUAGGACGGAGGACACUUUGCAGGCAGAGAGAACAGAGGGCCUAAAUCAACUUGAUGCCAUCAUCCGAGAUAAGCAAAACAUGGAGACGUAUCACCUUGAGCAAAUGCAAAUGUUGGAGGAAAAGUUCCAGGCCAAGAUAAAGGAACUGCAAAUCAUCCACAAUAAGGAACUGCAUACUUUGCAGGAGCAUUACAACCAGAACCUGCAGUGCUUACAAGAAACACUAGACAAUUACCAGAGGCAGCACCCAGAAGCCUUGCCUUCUGAAGGGUCUGAAACCAGUGACGGGAAUGAGUGGGCAACAGAUCACCCUGAGGGUGGGAUGCAGGUCUCAGAGAGCGAGUUAAUCUCCAUGCACGGUUUGAGAGAGCGCAUUCAAGAGCUGGAGGCCCAGAUGAAUGCCAUGAGGGACGAACUGGAGAACAAGCACGUGGAGGGGAAUGCUUCAGCACUGAGGGAGAAAUACCAGAAAGACUUUGAGAACCUGAAGGCGACAUGUGAACGUGGGUUUGCGGCCAUGGAAGAGACGCAUCAGAAGAAGAUUGAGGAUCUGCAGAGGCAGCACCAGCGGGAACUGGAGAAACUGCGGGAGGAGAAAGAUCGCCUGCUAGCUGAAGAAACAGCCGCUACCAUCUCGGCCAUCGAAGCCAUGAAGAACGCCCACCGCGAGGAGCUGGAGAGGGAGCUGGAGAAGACCCAGCGCUCCCAGAUCAGCAGCGUCAACUCGGAUAUUGAGGCCCUCAGGAAGCAGUACUUGGAGGAGCUGCAGUCGGUCCAGCGGGAACUGGAAGUCCUUUCGGAGCAGUACUCCCAGAAGUGCUUGGAGAACGCUCAUUUGGCCCAGGCCCUGGAGGCUGAGAGGCAGGCCCUCCGCCAGUGCCAGCGAGAGAACCAGGAGCUCAACGCACACAAUCAGGAGCUGAAUAACCGCCUGGCUGUGGAGAUCACACGGUUACGGACCGGGGAGGGAGGGGGAGAGGCUGAUGGCUCACCUCUCACGCAGGGCAAGGAUGCCUAUGAGUUAGAGGUCCUAUUACGGGUCAAGGAAUCAGAAAUCCAGUACCUGAAGCAGGAGAUCAGCUCCCUCAAGGAUGAGCUGCAGACGGCACUGCGGGAUAAGAAAUACGCCAGUGACAAGUACAAAGACAUCUACACGGAGCUGAGCAUCGUGAAGGCCAAGGCAGACUGCGACAUCAGCAGGUUGAAAGAGCAGCUGAAGGCAGCCACAGAAGCGCUGGGCGAGAAAUCCCCCGAGAAUACCAAUGUGUCGGGAUACGAUAUCAUGAAAUCAAAAAGCAACCCCGACUUCUUGAAGAAAGACAGAUCCAGUGUUAGCCGGCAACUAAGGAAUAUCAGGUCAAAGAGUCUGAAGGAAGGCCUGACCGUGCAAGAACGCUUGAAGCUCUUUGAAUCCAGGGACUUGAAGAAAGACUAGUUCUCCCCCUUCAGCUUGAACACCUCCCAGCUUGCGAUGGCACGGCACGAGCACCGUGUGUUCCUACUUCCUUAUGAUCCUCUGUGCUGUUGUUCGUCUCGAUGCUCCCGAUCGGACUGAGUGCGGCUGGCAGUUCUUCCCGCCCCAGCACCUUGACUCCACGGCUCCUUUCCCCGCAUCGCGAAAUGCUUCAGAGACUCUGCGAGGGAGAGGAGGGGAUGGAGUCCUGCCCCCUUUGGCUCCUUCCUUCACUGUAAACCAUUACACUAAGUGUCAGUAUUAAGGCUCAGCAGCCUAUCGAUAAGCUAGCUCUGUCAUUCCGACUGCUUUGGUUUAGCAAUGGCCUGGCUGGCCUAGGCCAGACCCAGCUCUGCUGCUGUGUGAGUGACCCGCUGCUCAGUCACACACCGUGAGCCAGUCUUCUGAGCUUGCGUUCGUGGCACCUCCGGGGAAAAGCCUGUGGUGAAAACGUCAGGAAAGGCAGGUCUGUUUGUGUCGGAAGCAGCCCCAUCCGUCAGGUGUGUGCUUGGGUCACAACACCAAUAGCCCACUAGCUGCCGGAGAAGAAUGAGGGGAGUCUCCCAACCCAGAGCCCCAGCAGGUCUCGGCCUUGGCUUGUUUUCAGUCUGUUACAGCCAGAGCGUUACAGGUGUUUGUUAAACACAGAUUUCAACCAAAUCCACCCCUAAGGCCCAUCUCCUCUCUUCCUAUCAUGCCCGUGCCCUGAGUAAUGUGCUUCCAGGGACCGAGCUGCAGGGCCUGUCUACCCAAAUCCAGCCCCCUCCAGCCACUCUCCCUUCUUCCCAUCAGCCACUGUGUGUGUGAGCGCUUCCCUGUCCCGUUCUGAGGGGGGGGAUACUGAGCGGAAGACAGAGCCCGCGCUGGCUGCGAACACACACAGCUCAGUCCAAAGGCAGCUCCCUGAUUUCAGCUCCUCUCACCAGCCAACAGCUCCGAUUUUAAUACUCGUAUCUAUGGCUACAUUUUACUUUUGAAAGCUCUGCUCCAAACUAAGAGCCUCAGAACUUGCCUGUUCUCCAGACCAUCCAUAUUGCAGCUUCCCAGGACAUCUUCCUGCCUGCUCCCAGCUCCUGAAUGAGGAUCACUCUUAAAAGUCCAUUUAGCAACACUGCGCAGCAUGAGACCAAUGGAGUGAAGUAAAAAUGAGUGAGGGAAUUGCGGGAACUCAGCAGUGGAGGUGCAGCAUUAAACCAGUGUAGCCUGGCAAAGGGGAGGGGGAAAGAACCUCUCGUCCUGUAGGUCCUCACUCAUCCGUGCAGUGGCCAUGGUGGCUUAUGGCCAUGGUGGCAACAGCAUCCACGUACUUUCUCCCCUGUACGCCGCCCUGCUUCUGUGCCCUGCGCCACCGAUUGACAAGGCAACUCCUGCCUCAACUCUGAGACUAGGGCAGUUUCCAACACAAGCAGUUUCUAACCGAGCUUGGCUAUCUAGUGUGGACAGGUCUAAAUCACAUUGGGCUGUGCCCGUAACUCUGUAGGGAGCCAGGCUACUGCUUCUCUCAAACUGUGUCUAAAUACAGUUCCACGCUAGCUGUGCUUGUUUGGCCAGCUUGGUUAAGGGGCAGUGCCCCUCGCGAGCCUGCCCAGUGCUCUGAUGCCCUCUGCCCCAGGAACGCUCAGUGUAGUCUGGAAGGCUUCGUUUACAAAGUGCCAUUUGGAGCCCCCGUGUGCAGAGUGGCGGCCGUGCCUGACCCUGGCAGCAUGCAGGGCCAGUGGGGGAGUUUCUAGCCUGCUUUGACAGGGGUUGGACAAUCCACCUGACUUUCCUUUGUGACUAUGGAACCACUGGCUAAAGCAGGUUUGAAACUCAUUUCUGGUCUCUCCCAUUGGCCACCCAUGUUGCCACGGUCCCCAAGGAUCACCCGCCUUGCUAAGAUGGCUGCCGCCAGCUUGGGACUUGGUGAUUCUCAGCAGGCUUCUUAGCUCUGCCUUCCUGGUGAGAGGAGCUGCUUGUGUGUCCCGCAGAUACCCAAAAAGCACAUUGAGUUCUCAGCUUAGUUGGUAGCUGGGGGCUGUUUAAGUCCCAUCACCACCCCAACCCUGCCCUCAGAUUUCACCCAGAGCCGCAUUGCUGAAACCCCUCACACUAGUGACUCUACUGGUGAUGCUAAGUAAUGGGUCCCCCCAACCUCCAGUAGCCAUGGUGUGGGCCUGCCUUCCAGCCGAGGAGGCCUAGAUGUCACUCCCUCCCUCAGUGUAUUUUAAUCAGCCGGAGGAGACACUGUUUAGUCAGAGGAGGCAUUCCCUCCCUGCCCCAAAUUCUCACCCGCUCUGCAGGGCCCGAGCUUGUCGCUGCUGUUAGAUUCUGCUCAUUCUGUUCUUGAGAGAUGUCAAAGCUCUCGGCCUGAUUCAGCUUCCGCUUAUCCCUGUAGCUCCAUUGGCUUCAAUGUGGUUCCUCAUUCUCACCACCGUGAGAUCAAAACCAGGCCCAGGAUGAACGCUUGAGGGCCAAACUCUGAUGGAGCUGGGGAUGGGGUGACUUCAGUGGGAGCUACAAGCUGCCAAGGGCAAUGUGGUCUUUGGGCUGAACUCUGGAGCCCCACACGCUGUGAGGGGACAUGUCUCGCAGGCCAUUGGGGAUGUUGGUGCUGUGACACAGGUUGCAUCUGGCUCUAGAUGCUGCCAGGGGAGGGUUUGCUCACCUGCUGUGUUCCCUAUACCGUAUAUGUCUUUCCACAUGCAGCAGAGGUCUUCAGACAUCACCUAAGAGACCCAGCUUGCUCCGGCCUUGACCUUUCCUGGUCUUCUCACAUCAGCAACCACCAGAAGAGAAGAUCCCUUUGUUCUUAUGCUCCAUCCCCACCUGGUUGGGGUGGAGGGUGUCUGCCCUCUGCUAGCUUUCCAACCCUGAAUUCUCCGUUCAGAUGGUGGAGCCUAUGGGACACGGGCAUGGGUAGCAUGAAGUCCUUCAGCGUUGGGAUUUCUCCUCCCUCACCUCAAAACAGUCCACAUGGAAUGUGACAUUUCCAAGGAGGACACACCUCAGCCUGUGCUCCCUUGGAGUCUGGUGAGGGCUUCUGACUGCUAAACCAUCUGAGCAAGGUGUGUUCUGUUCUCCUGUUGGAAAAGCCACUUCUCUGUCUCUUCCUCUGGCCAGCUGGGCUCCGAGCUUCUUGCUACCGAACGAGCUAAUUGCUGCUGCUUUGUUCACUUCUUUUGGUUACGAUCAGUUACCUUAAGGGUGAGAAAUGAAGGUCACACACCUUUUCUCCAUUUAGAGUUGUAUGCCAGGGAGAUGGAGGCUACAGGAUGGUGCUGUAGAUACCCACGGCCUGAUGCCCUUUGUGGUACAGCUUCAUGGCACUGAGCCUCAAAGAGAUCCUGAUAGUGAUGCUCCCAGGGGGUUGAAGCCACCUUUUUUCUGCCGUGCACUUCCCCAGUCCAGCCACUCUUCUCUUGAGGCUCAGUCUCUCUCUGCUUAGACCAGGAACUCUCAGUGAGUUAUUGGGAUCUCUUUUUUUAAACCUCUGCGUCUAUCCAGAUCCUGAUUUCAUAAUGGUAGAGGAGGAAGUGUCUGGUGUAACCACACAGAUGUAGAUACCAUUAGGAUGAUGCUGUGCGGCGCUGGCUUGGAGGAGGGGUUGCAGCAUGCUGAUGGACAGCUUGGUGGCGUUUUUGGCAGAGGUGGAGAAGGAAAACCGUGGUUGAAGUGGGGACUGUCUUUUCCAUCUUUUGACCCAGCUGGUGGACAUGGGUGAGGACAUGGGGAAAGGCACUGUGGUAUGUUUUCGAAGUGGAAGCACUUAGAUAGUAGCUAGUGUAAAGGGAGAGCAGGGAGAGAAGCGUGUAAAGCAGGCCACGUAAUAAGAGGUGGCAUUGAAGAAAUGGCAGAUCCAGCGGGUUGGUCUGAACAGCUUUCUGCUUGUGCUCUAGUCCCAUAAUUAUCCUGUAAAGAUGCAACUUGGGGGACAGGGAGGGCUUGGUCAGGUGAUAUACAGGGUCCCAAGGGCUGAGGCAGAGAAGAAAACUGCUUAGAGGAAGAUAAUCUUUUAUUUGAUGGGUUUCUUAGCCCAUUAUCCUCUCAUGUGCACAUACCCCAAGCAAAAGACUGUAAUUAGGGAAGCUUUGAAUAGCCCAUGUCAGUUUCUUCUCUUGAGAUGUGCAUAGUUCUGUGAAAGUCCUGGGACCUGGCUAUGGUGGAUGAGACACUGGCAGUAACAGAUUUAAGCAAGAUGUUCAAGCUAGCUGGUACUUUGUCUUUAAGGCUGGUAUAUCUUUAUUUCCUACCUUACUGCAAACUCGUCAUCCUGUGACAUCCAUCUUCCUGGGUCAGUGGAUCAGCUCAAAAGGAUUUGCUUCAAGGUGUGCCAGGACUAAUGGAUCAGCAGAAUCUGAACUUGUGGGAAUGGAUCUGUCAGUGAAGGUUUGCAACUGGGGAUCUUCGGAUAAUGCAUCUUGGUCCACUUUUCUGGACCUACAUACUGCCCUUAAAAGCUAACUAGACGAGCAGUUUCACUGGGAUGAAAUGGAGCCACAGAUACCAGCUGUAGCCAAAACAAAAAUCCAGUGUUACAAGAAAUGAGCUCCUCUGGAGAGGACAUAAACACCGUGUAUGGAGGGGUGAUUGGGACCACCCUUUGGUGUAUAUUUUUAAAGCUUCUAAGAACCUCUAACAGGCCAAAUAAGUGUGUGUUUUGCUGAACUUGUUCUAAAAUAUUUAACACCUAAACAAAGGGUCUCGUACAAACAUUUGUUAUAUACUGUCCCUUGUAAGAGCAGGUGCGUUCUGAAGCAGACACAUCUCCAAAGAGGGACUUAAGCUUUGUUUUUAAUGUUUUUCUGCUGUGCACGGGGUAUGCUCUCUAAAGUCAGUUGUUCAAGGGGGCAGAAGAGCAGCUGGCUCUGUGCCCAUCUGUGCAGCUUCUCCAUCCCAUCUGCCUGCUGCGCUCCCAACUGGAAUAAACACUGCAAUAACUGAUACUUCCAGAGGUCAAGAACAAAAAAGCUGUAGUGCAAGCACGCACUUCUGUUCUCUGAUGUGCUGGCGGAGGCCUCAUUGCCGUUUUCUCCCUGUAGUUUUGAUGGGCACCUACCUGAGCUGGGAGGAGCCCUCAUCAAAGUAUUAGGCAGCGUGUUCACCUCCACUCCACCCCCAGUAAACACAGAAAUCUACCACAGGUUAAAAAAAAAAAUUGCGGAAGUCUUAGCUGAGUGCAAGGUUCUGUGUUUCACCCCAGUUCUGCCUUCUGCGUCAGGCUUCAUCUUUCUCCAUGAGGCUAGAAAUCAGUGUUUCUCAGAUUGAACCAGGGGGGCAUAACAAGAGAACCCCCCUUCAACCCCUUUGCCCAAGACACUUUCUGAUUCCAUCUGCAUCUUCGUGUGUGUGUGAGACAGCAGAGGAUUUUCCAAUUCACUUUUCCUCUGGCUGUGUUCCAGGCACCCUCCAUACACGACAGGGCAAAUUGGCAUGGUAGCUGUCUCACUUGCAGUGCUCCUCAAGGGCACCGUAUAUACAGUGUGUGAAUACAUAUAUAUAUUGCAAGCAGCUGCAUUUUAUACAGUCCUACACUAUGAAAAGUACGAGAAUGGGAGGUCUAAUAAAACCAAGUUCAAAGUAGCCGUAGAAACAUACAAACUUUCUAAUUGCUUCCAAAGUUUUGUCUGUUGUGGAGUAUUUUUCAGCCAUUUUUUUUCCUUCUGGAAACAAUUAGAUUUAAGUCCUUUUUAACUGUGAUUUCCCUUCCCCCCCCCCCCUUAUCCAUCAAGAGGGAGCAAUUUUUUUUUCCAUUUGCUUCAAAAGCAGAAUUUGUGCUGAUGUGCAAAACACAACAAGGCUAUUUUUCUGUAACCGGUUGAAUGGAGUGCAUUUAAGCAGUCCUAAGCGUUGUAAAAUGUGUCACUUUUGUAAUGACUAUAUACAUGAUUGAAAUUCCACUAGACCUUUGCAUUUUUGUGGUUCAUACACCGUGCUUAGUUUGUUGUGAACACUUAAGCACAUGCACGCUCAGUGUAGCUUGCCUUUACUUUGUAAUUUUUUCCAUUUUUUUUAAAAAGCUUUGUUAUUCUCUUUAAAAUAAUUUAAAACCUGUAUAGUAUUCAAAGCACGCAAUGUAAAUAUUUAUUACUCAGAAGUUAGCGGAGGGUUUUUGUGUGUGUGUGACUAAGUUCUGUUUUUUGGGUUUUUUUUAAUCUUGUUCUAAUACAGAUGUCCCUUUGGGGACUGGAAGAGAUUUGAGUGUAAGAUGCUGAACCUAUCCUGUGUCCUCUUAGAAUGUUUUUUUUGAUGACUGUUAUAAAUAUCUUUUAAAAUUCUCUGACCUGUACCUUUCGCUUUGAAGAUACCUGUCCAAAGAAUGUGUCCAGUCUGAGAACUGUUAAUCCUAAAGCGCUAUAAAUUGUUUUUCCAUUGAAGUCAGUAAUCUUGUAUUUGAUAGUGGCAUUAACACCCUGUGAAUGUGCAAAAUUGCUAUCUAUAUAUAGAAGUAGUAACUACUGUGUGACUAGAGCAUACACAGAUAUCCUUGCACGGUAACUUAGGACUGUUGCAGUGAGUGAACUAAGGUUCCAGAAUCUUAGGUCUAGUGUAUAAUUGUCUAACUCACUUAUGCAUCAGCAUUGAAGCUACUCUGUGAGGCUACAUGGAAUUUACAAGGGAACUAUCUCCUAGCUGUGCAGUUACAUAUUGUACAACAGCAUGGACGUUUACUGUAACUUACAAUGAUAUGUAAGUAACUGUUUAAAAUAUAACUUUCAAUACAUCGUA